UUUUAUAAAGCGGAACAAACAACGUAUAAAUUUCAUAGAAUACCGGACAACUUAUUUGGACUAUUACAUUCGCAGUAAUUCACGAGAGAGUCCUAGGCAACGGUGUAAAAUGCCUUUUCGAACAAUUACAUCCACUCAAGGAGAAGUCUGCCUUUUUCCUGAAGCCAUGUCUGCACGACUUUGCAAGAGAAUUGGCAAUAUUUUUGGCGAGAAGCUUUCAAUGACAGAAACAUCCGAAUCAGUUAGAAGUAAAUAG